AUGGACGGUGGCGAUAGGAUUCUUGUGGCCGCUGGUCUAACUGCGGCAGUGGUGGUUGGAGCAUUCGUAUUAUGGGGUCCCGGAGGAGCUCCCAAAGUUCGUAAGCGCCGAGGACAGAUCGCUGGACUUCAGAAUUUAGGAAGAACUUGCUUUCUAAACACAUUAUUGCAAGCAUUGGCUGCCUGUCCUACUUUUAUAGACUGGCUGAAAAAAUAUGCAAAGGCCGAUGGUCAUAACAGUAUGAUUACUACUCUCUACACUGUAAUUGAAGUGGUGAAUGGUACCCACGAGUCGGCCCGUGGGACCCCUGUCUGUCCUCUGGGGGUGCUCCAGUCUCUGCGAGCGGCCGGCUGGGUGGUGCCGGCCGACCAGCAAGAUGCUCAUGAGCUGUUACAUGUACUGUUAUCAUGCAUUGAAGAGGAAACAACCGCUAUGUCUAAGAAGCCGGGCUGUCUCUCCGAUGCGCUGGGUCUGGGCGGUGGUCGUGCCUGGUCAGCCCUGGCGUCCCCUGCCUCCCCGCCUGCUGCGCCCCUGUCUCUGAGGGAUGACGGCGCCCCGCCCCGGCCCGCCCGCCCGGCCUCCGCCGCUCCUGGCGGGGAGCCUGACCUUCAAGACCCAGACCCGUGCGACCCCCCGGCCCGCCUGUGUAAGGGUGUGUCUCGCUCGUUCUGUCACCUCAGCUCGGUGGGUCGUCGCUGGGCGGCGGCACCCUCCCGCCCCGCGCCGCAGCCCCCCACCCGCGGCACCCUUGCCACCCGCACGCACUGCACCGUCUGCUCCACUAAGAGCCCGGUGAGGUACGACAAGUUCGACAGUAUAUCUCUGUCGAUGGCCAACGCCAGCACGGGCCUGACCGGCGGGUUCAGCUUGUCCGGUCUGCUGCGAGCGUUCACGGCCCCGGAGAUGGUGUCGGGCGUGAGGUGUGACAAGUGCUGCGGGGGAGGAGACCAGCAGGGAGCGGCCUCGCCCGCCACACAACACGCGUACACCAAGCACAUACGGACGGUCGGCUUUGGGAAGUUGCCGGCCUGCCUGGUGCUGCAGGUAGCGCGUGUGGAGUGGCGCUGCGGUGCUCCGGCCAAGCGAGCCGACCACGUGGCCUUCCCCGAGACGCUGCCCAUGGCGCCCUACACCACCGCUCCUAAACCACAACCGGAGCUGUCGUCUCUGCUGAGCGAGGGUCGUCUCCGCGGCGGUCUGUCGGUGCUGAACGCGGCGCCCCCUACCGACGACCGCGCCCUCUACCGUCUGUGCGCGGUGGUGGUGCACGUGGGGGGACCUCGCAGCGGACACUUCGCCACCUACAGGAGGGGGAACGGCUUCGAGAGCAAACGUGACCCUGACCGUUCCCAGAUGGUGGUACACAUCCGACACGUUGGUGCACGAGGUUUCCUUGGCGGAGGUGCUCCGCUGCUCGGCCUACAUGCUGUUCUACGAGCGCCUGGCGCCGCCGCCGCAGCCCCUCACCACGCACUUCUAACAUCACACAUACAAACAUGGAUCAAGGAUCGACACUACACUACCACACUAGGUGUACCAUACACUAGGUGUAUCAACAGAUAG